GGCGUCCUGUAAGGAUGUCCACUGCUGGUGGUGCUAUUGAUGCUGGCGCUGUUUCUCCUAGGGGUGGUGCUCCUGCCGCCGCGCUUGACCGCCCCGACAGCGAAUCAGAUGAUGCAUUCCCCACUCGUGUGGUGGUCAUCCUGGCGCUCGCAAUGACGGUCCAUUCGUACACUUUGGUCUCUCUCUUUCCGUACGUCGGGAUGAUGGUGAGCGAUCUGCUGAGCUUGGAAACUCUCAAUGAAGCAGGUUAUUACGCCGGGUACGUGGCGAGCGCUUUCACCUUCGGCCGAUUCUUGAGCGGCUACGCUUGGGGGUACGUGACAGAUUCUGCCGGGAGGAAGCCAGUCAUCGUACUCGGGUUGAUGUCAAUGAUAAUUUUUUCGUUGGCUUUCGGGCUGUCUACUUCCUACGCCUGGGCCGUUUCAUCUAGGUGCGUUUUCGCAGCACGUUUUUCGACUGACUGA